AUGGCGACCAAAGUGGCAAAGCGGUCGAAGGGUGACCCGGCGAUUGCUGCCCGGAUCAAGCGCGAACGUCGUCAGUACAAACCGUUCGCCUAUCCGACCGACACGAAAACCCCGGCGAAAAAGGGAAAAAGGAAGCCGGAGCCAACGAAAGCGGUAAGGAAAGUGGGCAAUGAACGUCUCGUGGAACGACCGGGCGUCCGCGAAUACAAGGAGAAUCCGUACGUGUUUGGGAAAGACGCUCCGGAAUUCGUCAGCCAGUCCACCCUCUACCGCGCCGCCUAUCGAGCGCUGAAAAACAAGGACAUGAAGACGUUCCGUAGCCUGGCUUCGGAGAAAAACUUCGACAUGUCGCUGCUGCAGCAGCCUUUCUCGUAUGCUUUCUGGGAAUGUCCGGCGGCUGCCGUCUACUGUAGCGGUGACAAAAAGCUGAUCGAUGAAUAUCUGAAGGAGCUGCCGAAGCUGGAAAAGAUCGAGCGCGAGAUUUUCCAUGAGCCGAACCUGCUUCAGAGGCGCACCACGGGCAGCCGCAAUUUCCAUAUGUUGGGUAGGGCCACUCGCCAGGUACAAGUGAGCCGUGGCGGACGUGAGGGAAAUAACGCUUUGGUCGAUUAUGAGACAUUCCCCGACAAUCAAAGGCACAACCAAGCCUAUUCUGACAUCGAAAUUCGGGCUUUGCUCUCCGGGCUUGAUUACCCGACAAUGGAUAAGCUGAAGAACGGCAAGACGACAUUUGAACUCACGUCGGAGAUGAUGGUAGAAAUGGUCCGGUUCGGAAAACGCCAAGCGGCCAGUGAUCUGAUCAAGCUCAAUCAUAAUUGGGACGUUAACGAGUUGCACAAAAUGACAUUAGAGGGAGGGAAACUACCGGACAGGAUUUUGAACAUCUCGAUUAAAAAGAAGGCUCAAGACAACCGGGCCAUCACCCCGCUCCAUACAGCGGCCAUCAAUCCGGACGCUAAUUAUCUGAAGAAGCUGCACGCUAUCGAACCCAACAUUAGUAUUACCGAUAUUGACAACUGGACCGUAGCGCAUUAUGCCGCGGUGUGUGAGGGAAAUGGGCCGCUCGACUACCUCAUCACCCUAAAUACCCCGCUGGUGGUGAUGAACAAGAAGGAGGAGACGCCACUGCAUUGCGCCGCUCGAGCCGGGCGUCUCAAUACUGUCAAGACGCUGCUGAACUGGUAUGCUAACUACGAGAAGCAAUCCGCGAAAACAAGCGGGCAAACCGAUGAAGUCGACACCGAUGCCACGGCUACAGCCAGUAAAAAGGCAAAGGCUUUGAAGACCGCCCAGGCAAAGUCGGUGAUCAACUACAAGGACCGGCGAGGAUAUACAGCCCUGCAUCUGGCUGUCCUAUGGGGUCACGUUGACGUUGUUCGCCAUCUCCUCCAACACCCGAAGCUUGACAUCGAGGCUCAGACGAGUGCCGGGGACAAGAAGCUCAACGCACUAAUUAUUGCUUGCGGCACCGGUCAGCUGGAUAUGGUAAAACUAUUGGUUGAGGAUGGAAAGGCCCUAAUCGAAUCCAAAGACAAAUUGCGUCGCUCGCCUCUACUUCACGCAGCACUCAACGGACAGGACCAUAUUUUGAGCUAUCUGUUAAAGAAGGGCGCCGAUAUGCAUAAGCCCGAUUCAUCUGGUAACUCUCCAGCGCAUUAUGCCGCCGCUUAUGGUUUCCUGUCCACGCUGCAAGUGUUGGCUGAGGUGGACGCGACAUGCUUGUCCGCGAAGAACGACUGGCAGUUGACCCCGCUCAGCGUGGCUUAUAUGAAAGGGCACUACGGCAUUGUGACGUGGCUCCUGAAUGGGCCGUAUUCGGCGAAUGAUAACGAAGGUGUGACGCUGAUUGCUUCAUUGCUCUCAUAUUAUGAUGAACACUUUGCCCAACGCCUGCCGGAGCAGAUCCAGUUCCUGACUGAAAAAGGAGCCGAUUGUUCGAUACCGGACGGUUCGGGAACCACGCCGAUGCACAUUUUUGCCACGCUCAAGAUCCCACUAUGCGAGAAGGUGACGAAGAAAGAGGUGACACGCAUCAGCAUCGACCAGUACCGUGCCUGCAUUGACCGACUGUUGGCCGCGGGCGGCGCCGUUACAGCGCAACAUAACGAAGGAGCCACCCCUUUCAACAUUGCAUUGGCCAGUGGAAAUUUGAUUCUAGCCGAGUAUCUGUUGUCCAAGGCGGCUGAUCUGAAAUCGCUGCUCGCAAACGACAAGGUCAAUUUGCUAGAAUUAUUGAUCGAUAUCCCGCUGAAGAUCUUUGGAGACAAAAGCUGCUGGCCAAAUGACAAAUCCCCGCUACCUGGCCAAUAUAAAAUUGGGCCCCUAUUGAAGCAGCUGAUUUCAGAAGUUCCGGCGGAGAUAGAGAAAUGGAUCCACCACAAAUUCGAAGACAACACAGGCACGGUGAUAAAUCGGCUGGCCACAAAAUACUUGCAAACCAUCGUCAAGGAAAAAAGCCCGGAGAAUGGCGCACUCGCCAAGCAAAUGUGUGCUGUGCUCAUCGACGCUCUGCGUCAGCUGCUUGCAUUCAAGCCGGACGCAUUAAUCCAGACCGACGCCGAGAACCUGGGCCCCGUUCCCAGCCUUAUACAUCAGACCGUAUCCUGUCAUGAGAAAGGGGAACUGCUUGAGCUCUUGCUGACAAGCGCUAUCGGCCAAAAUCGCCUCGAAGAGCUACUCUCCAUUCGUGAUUCAGAACUUCGCACACCCCUACAAAAGGCGAUUCACCUACAGGACGCCAAAUGCGUAACCCGUCUGCUCGACGUGACGAAGAAGGAAAAAUGCUCUGCGGCAGUGCAUAACGCCAUAUUCCAAACGUGGGUGGAGAUUGAUGGGCAGAGGAUCUCGUUGGCCAAGACCGUUCUGCACCUGCUAGUCGAGGCCGAAAUGAUCGAAGCCUUUGACCAUCUCGACUUGGAUGAAGCUGGUUGGACGGCUACGGAUCGAGAUACCUCAAUGGUACUCGCCAGCCACCAAGAAAAUGGCGACUCCGGCUACCACUAUGCGUGCCGGAAGUUGAAUGGAAAGACCAUCACGCUGCUUCAAAAGCUGCGACUUCCAAAACAGAUUGGUUUUGGAGGUCGCUCUCCCUUGCACGUGGCUGUGGAUGCCGAGCGAACCUAUUCAGCCGACGCCUUCACAGAACCCAUACAGUAUAUCGCCAAAAAUGUUGAUGUCAACCAUCGGGAUAAUUGGGGCAGAACGGCCCUUCACUAUGCUUUCAUGAAGCUUGCCGGUGAAAAUCCGGAAAGGUGUGACCCGAUCGCUGUGGUGUCGUUGUUACUGCAAAAAAUGAAUCCUGAAGCUAUUCGCUGCGCAGACCGGGAUGGGAACACAGCGCUUCACCUGGCCGCGCUGCGCGAUGCAAACAUCUGUGCCGUCACCCUGAUCCACCACGGUUCACCCGUUGACGGGAUGAAUAAUGAAGGAAAUACGCCACUUGGCAUCGCUCUUCUGCGGAAAUGGUCCCAAACUGCGCUCACGCUUAUUCAGUCGAAGGCCGAUAUCCAUAAGGAUGUGUACGGCCCGGUGCCUGAAAAACCAACGACGGAUGUCUGGGCGUGGAUCACGGAAAACAAAAGACCCGGUGUGCAACUCGUCAUCAACGUGCCGGGCAUGGUCGUGCGAAACGAGUGGCACUCCAUGGUUUAUGUGAUCCUUGACUUGCUGGAAAAGAGCCCUACCACGGUUGGCGAACUGGCCACGGCAGCGCUCCGGAACGGGCAACACAAUUUUGCUCAAUACCUGCUGAAGCUGCUAGAAUCGGCCAUCCAUGAAUACCAGAAUAAGCAAAAUGGACCGGACUUUCCGCUGACGCAGCUGCUGCGGGCGUAUGUUGAUGGAUUAGGAGCAUUCGGUCAACACCCGGAGCGAGUGUUGAACAUCCUGCUCGACUUUGGGAUCCCGUGGGUGACCACCGACGGAGACAGCGAAGUCGUCGAGAUUUUGUGCAAGCGUGGCAUGUGGAAUGUCGUGGAAUUUCUGAAGCGAAGUCACAAUGGUCCUCAACAAUGGACGCGACUCUCGGAGACGACGCGUGCGAAGGCUCUCGCCGGCCUGAUAGAAUACUGGAUCAAGCAAUGCCCCACACCGGAAAUCAAAGCCGGAAUAAGAACCCUUGGAACUGAGAGAACCUUCCAACAUCCGACUGAAUAUCCAAAAGUGGCUCUACAAGGUCUCCCCCUUACCCGCGACCCACCUGAGCUCGAGAUAUGUACUCCUAUGGUUCGUGCCAUUGAGGCGCAGAAAGCUGAUUUGAUCGUAUUCCUAACGCAAGAAGCUGGUUGCCCCCUACCGCCAGAAGCGCUUCUGCUAGCCGUGCGCACCAACCAGCGUCAAGUGGUGAAGGCCGUCUGCGAUGGGGUUGUCGAGAAAAAAGCUCAACAACAGGAAGACACACCAAUGCCGUCCGUAUUCGAUGCAUCAAGGUUCCUCCCAGCAAUUACACAUAACCGGAAGCGAGCCCCGGCUACGAUUCCUUUAUUCGGCUUUUCCAAACGACAAAAGGCUGAUGCGUCUGACGAGGAAAUGGACGACGAGAGCAACAGCGAUGAAUCUGCCAGCGAAGAUGAACCCGAGCAGGAGCCGCAGACAGCUAAGAAAUUGGCGAAGUUAGCCUUAAAGAUGAAGAACAAGGUGAAACUGGAUUACAUUGACGCGAAGCACCGCAAUAUCUUCCACUACAUGGUCUAUCCGAUCGGCUGGGAAAACGAGGAAUUAUUGCAGGCGCUCUACAACACUGACAAGAGCAAAAGCUUGGGGCUCUUGAAGCAAAAAGACAUUGACGGAAACACACCCCUGGACUUGGCGGCCGUGGGAAAACAGCGAAAAAUGUAUCGAGCCAUGGCGAAGCUGGCUGGCACCACAAAAAAUCUGUCGAAUACAACGCCCAGCUCCAACAAGUUUGAAGCUCUGAAAUCGAGCCUCAACUACGACCAGGACGCCACGGACUUCUUGGCAAAGCAUUGGGCACAAGAGGAAGAGAAUAAGACAAAAGCUGAGCGGGAGCGUCCACAUCCGAAGUCCGGCUACGAGAAAACCGGAGAAAUCGUCUAUGAUGAUGAAGCCGGACAGCUCUAUAAGGUCCUGCUGAACAAGACCGAUCUGCAAUACGGCACCUUCGGUUUCCAUAACUAUUACCGGAUGGAGCUGCUGAAGCGGAAGGAUACCGAUCUCUACGUGCUCUUCACCCACUGGGGCCGUAUUGGUGAUCCGACGGGAGAAUUCCAGUGCACUCCAUUCAGCGAUCUGCCAAAGGCCGCAAAAGAAUUCAAGUCAGUCUUCCGGCAAAAAUGCGGUCAAGACUGGGGUCCGCUCGCACAAUUCCAGGACCUCGACAAGAAAUACCGGCUGGUUGAGGCAUCACCGAAGGCUGUCGUCCGCCUCCACAAGCUCCCAAUAACCCUCAAUACGCAAACGAGCGGCGAUCAAGUGUACGAAUUUUUGCGUGAUAUCACGCAAGUGAAAAGCCUAGCCAACUACAUGAAACAGGUAUGCGUCGGGAACGUGGGCUCGCAGAGUCCACUUGGUGGGCUUAGCAGCGAAAAGGUCGAAAAGGCGCGCGAGGUGCUGAAGGAAAUUGUCAGCCUGAACGAACACAUCAACAAGCUUCGCGAAGACCCAAAUCCCGACCAUGACAAGUUGCUGACAUCCCUCACGCAACAGCGUGUACUCUCUUCGCAAUUUUUCACGCACAUCCCGCUCGGCGGCUUCGAGCAGACGGCCGUUCCGAUUAUAUGCGAUGAUGAGACUGUAAAGCGGUGCGAACAAGCACUGGUCCGCCUUGAUGAGGUAGAAAUCGCGACACGUCUGCUGUGUGCCGCCUCGUUGCGCCAUCUCGAAUGGGACUCGUUGAGAUAUGUCGAAAACGCCAUGGAAUGUCGACUGACACCGCUGACCCCCCAAGACCACAUUGCCCAGCGGAUUCUGCAGUAUAUUCGGCAGUCGAUGAAGGCAAAGGUUAGGGGUAUCCUGAUCAUAGAAAGCCGUCAACCCGGCCAACUAUAUGCAAAGCAUUCAGAUGAGGAAGGACAGAUUUAUUUGUGGCAUGGCACAAAAGCUGUGAACUUGGUCAGUAUCCUAAAAAACGGCUUCCAUUCUGAGCCUAGUAAUGCCCUGCGCUGCGGCCAGGCUUAUGGAAAGGGAGUCUACUUCGCCGACUCUUUUGCAAAAAGCGCCAGCUACACGCACGCUUCGUCGACUGGAGUCCAGUAUACGCUGUUGUGCAAGGUUGCCCCAGGGAAGAUCCAGAAAGGAACGGACUUUUUGUUUGAUCACCCCCGGCAGUUUGACUUCGACACACGAUUUGUGGCCGGGACCAAAGGACCUGAUCCCUCGCAAAGCAUCAACUUUGACGGCGUUGUCCUACCGUGCGGCGCUCAUGUCGCACAAAAAUCAGAGUCGCACUGGGGAGCAGAAUGGAGCGAAUACAUCGUACGCGACACCGCACGUACGCUACCCGCCUUCGUCAUCAUGUGGAGUAGC